GUCAUCCUUGUCGUUGUUCCUCUCUGCAAUCACCAGCUCAUUUAAAAACUAUACUAAACUGUUUCUCGUAUAGUUUCUCCAAUUAUUGAAUCAUUUCUCGAAUCCAUACUGAUACAUCCAAUUUAUCCUGAAAGGGUUUUAGUUUCCACGAAAUGCUGCUACAGACGCAAUCUCUUGCGACGCAUUUUGCACCUUCAUUCACUGCCACAAAACCCUUAAAAGAAACCCAGAUUAGUGCAUUCAAUUCUCCGAAACGAGUAUGGUUUCCUAAUUCUUCGUUUAAGACAUUGAAAUGCGCGCUUUCCACUUUAUCAGAGCCAUCCCAAUUGGAAUUGAAGAGUCAUAAGCCGUUUCCUGCUGAAGUUUCAAGGACUAUAAUGGAGUUGGCCACUGUAGGUACUCUUUCUACGUUGAAUCAAGAGGGUUGGCCUCUAGGUAUCGGCGUACAAUUCGCCGUUGACCCGGAAGGGACUCCUGUAUUGUCCUUGAACGCCAUCAACAAGAACUUCUCUUUUGACCCGAGGGCUAGCCUCCAUGUUCAGUUAACACAGUCUGGGUUACGGACUCCCCAGUGUACCCUUCAAGGGACCCUUAACAAACCAGAGGAUAGAGUCCUGAUGAAGCGGCUUCUUUCUUUAUGGAAGAGGAGGUUUGGUGAAGAUGUUAAUGAAGAUUUGGUUUACAUUGUUGCAGUGGAGAAAGUCCUGCAGAUGGAAGACUUCCAGGAGGAUGGUGAAUGGGUGACAUCGUCAGAAUAUAAAAAUGCACAACCUGAUCCUCUUCGAGAUUGCGCAGAGAAGUUAGUGGAUGAAAUCAACACGAACAACAUGGAAGAUAUUACUCGUUUUUGCAAUGUCUAUGUUGAUUUGGAUUUUCAGGUCUCAGAAGCAAAGAUGAUAUGGGUUGACCGAUUGGGCUUUGACAUGCGUCUCAGCUCUCCCGAGAAAUGUGUAUUCGAGGCGCGCAUUCCUUUCUCCAGAGAAGUCAAUGAUGAAAAGGGUGCCAAGUCAACAUUCAAUUGUAUGUCACAAAUGGCUUGGGAGGUGGAAAAAAACUUUCAUGCUCCAUAUUUUGAGAAGGUGAAACAUUUGAAGCACAUAAAGUCCUGAUGCUUAACUUUAUGUUUUUUAUUUUCAUCACCCAUUCUUAAAUCCUUUAUCAAGUACCCACGCUUGGUAAAGCUGUAAUCUUCCAAGACCGUUUUGGUGUUUAUUGUGUGAUGAUUAUUUUUGGUUUGAUGCUUAGUUGAUCAUGGCUGGCUACUAAACCCAAUCUAGUUUGCACUUGUAUUUUUUGGUGAUUGUCUUAUAGUCAGUUAAAUUUUUCUUGUGAACUUUCUUUUCUGAUUGGAUUCAGAAGAAAAAUGACGAAACGGAUACGUGCUGUAUGAAUGGAGAGAUGCCAUUUUUGUGUGCGGGGAGAUAUGAACUGUAUGAGGGGGGACUAGCAGUUCUGAACUUUUGAUUCUUGUAUCCCCAACUAUAUGAAUAAAAUCUCAGCUUGGCCUCUUGUCACUCA